AUGGUUGCUGUGUUCAACAAGGAGCUCUUGAGUUGGUACCUCAUCACCCUCAAACUCAAAGAAACUGUAGAAGCUGGACUUCCCAAUGCACAAGCAACUCCCCCUUCUCCCCAAUUGCUUAACUCAACCGAGGCGGGAGAACCUCGGCAGCAGCAGCUGCAGCAGCAGCCGCCAGAUGCACUGCAGGUCGCAAUCAAAGGCGAGGAUGACAAUUUCGAAAGGGAAGGCAAUUCACCUGACUCCGAAUGGGUGAUCUCCAUCAGAGAAAAACUCGAACAAGCCCGCCAAGACGAUGCUGCUGGUUCGUGGGCGAAGCUCAGCAUCUACCGAAUCCCCCAGAGUCUGCGAGAAGGCGAUGACAAGGCCUACGUGCCGCAGAUUGUCUCACUGGGGCCUUACCACCACGGAAGGAGGCGUCUUCGGAGCAUGGACCGCCACAAAUGGCGUUCCCUUCACCGGGUUCUCAAGCGCACCAAUCAGGACAUCAAGCUGUAUAUUGAUUCCAUAAAAGAACUUGAAGAAAAGGCCAGAGCCUGCUAUGAAGGCCAAAUCAGUCUCAGCAGCAAUGAGUUUGUUGAAAUGUUGGUGCUUGAUGGCUGCUUCAUACUUGAACUCUUCCGGGGCGCUGCUGAAGGGUUCAAGCAACUUGGGUACUCCCGAAACGAUCCCAUUUUCGCAGUGCGUGGUUCGAUGCAUUCGAUUCAGCGCGACAUGAUAAUGCUCGAGAACCAGCUUCCCCUCUUUGUGCUCGAUCGACUUCUAGGCCUUCAGCUCGGGGACCUCGACAAGAAAGGCCUAGUAGCAAGACUGGCACUCCAAUUCCUCGACCCGUUAAUGCCAACCGACGAGCCCCUAUCGAAAAGCGACAGGAACAAGUUGAAGUCCUCUCUCGAGUACGCAACAACCUUCGAUCCAUUAUCCGCCCAGGGAGGCCUACAUUGCCUGGAAGUCUUCCGGCGCAGCCUCCUGCGAACAGGGCCUCAACCGGUGCCCAAGAUUUGGAUCAAGCGCUGGUCCAAUGACAAUCGCGUAGCAGAUAGACGUAGACAACAAUUGAUUCACUGCGUCACCGAGCUGAGGGAGGCUGGGAUCAAGUUCAAGAAGAGAAAGACGGAUCGUUUCUGGGAUAUAAAAUUCAAGACUGGGAUUCUCAGGAUACCUCGGCUACUGAUCCAUGACGGUACCAGGUCGCUUUUCCUCAAUCUCAUCGCAUUUGAGCAGUGUCAUCUUGACUGCAGCAACGACAUUACUUCCUAUGUCAUCUUCAUGGACAACUUGAUAAACUCGUCCGAUGAUGUGGGAUACCUCCAUUACUGUGGGAUAAUUGAGCAUUGGCUGGGCAACGACGCCGAAGUCGCCAACCUCUUCAACCGCCUCUGCGAAGAGGUGGUUUUUGACAUUAACGACAGUUACCUUUCGGGGCUGUCGGGACAAGUGAACCGUUACUACAAUCACAGAUGGAAUGCUUGGCGCGCCAGUUUGAAACACAACUAUUUCAGCAAUCCCUGGGCAAUCAUCUCCUUUUUUGCUGCUGUUGUGCUAUUGUUGCUUACACUGGCGCAGACAUUUUAUGGAGUUUAUGGUUACUAUAGGCCGAAUUCUUAG